UUAGAAGGAAACGUCAUGCGAACCCAGAUCUUUGCGAUGGGAAGCCGAAAGCAUGGGGAGCAUGGGAAGCCCAAAGCAACUCUGUUCCGAGCUCACAAAAGCAAUCAAGCAACGACACUUUGAACCAUGAGGGUAUUGAACAUUGCAUUCUACGUGCUAAUUUGCGUGGCAACGAAGCAAGAUGUCUUGGUAGAUGCCUUUGCAUCGCCAGCACGAGCAUUGGCUCCGCCACUCUCGCCUUUAGUUGGCAGCAGCUUCCAGGAAACGCGUUUCUCUCCAAGACCAGUUUUCCAAUCAGAUACAGUUCUCUUUGCGUCCACCCCAGACGACAACAUGGAAACUUCAGGUGUGAACAAAAUGCAAGUCAGUACAAUAGCGACAGCUUCGACCUUGACUCUGCUAGUGUUCUGGGCAGCGUGGACCGCCAUACCCCAGGAAGUGGUUGCGAUGCAAAUCAGUACCUCCGUCGUUGGAUCCGCAUUGAUCGCAUUUGCCCACGUAUUCUCCGUCUUGGCAAUCACUGGAUGUCUCGUGGCGGAGCGUUUGCUGUUCAAAACGAACAUUACCCAAGAGGACGAGGACAAGCUUGUACAGAUUGAUUUUGUGUAUGGGAUUCUUGCCAUGGUGCUCAUCGGUUCGGGAUUUGCACAGGCUGUUCACUUUGGCAAGGGGGGCGACUUUUACAUACAUGAAUCUCUGUUUUGGGUCAAGAUGGCACUGGCUGGUAUUUGGGGUGGCUUGUCUGCAUUUCCCUCUUUGAUCUUGUUUCGACUCAAACGACAACGCGGUAAAGACGGAGAAGAAGAAGAACCACUGCAACUCUCAGAGGCAUUGGUGUCGCGGGUGCACAAGGUAAUCCAUGGAGAGCUUUCAGCAAUUCUGUCUAUCCCUCUGCUUGGUACUCUUAUGAGCCGUGGCGUUGGGUACUCAGCCAACUUUCCUUGGCAGACGGCUGCUGUGGUGUCGGUGACAGCAAUGGUAGCAUCAUUUGCGUUUUACGGGUGGCAGGCCCUGUCAUGGUCCGACGAAGCACUUGAAGUGGGUGAAAAGAUGGGUGGAGGGGAGAACAGAACACUUGCAACACACUAGCCAGGAGCAAUGGGAAAAUACAGUCUUCUGUUUCGCACACUUUUGAACUCGCCUUUCUCGACUGAAAGGAAUGCUGUCUCCCCUAUAUUUCAUUCGAGCUCGCGCUACAAUGCCGGAAUAGCUCCAAUUCAAUAUGCUAUUUAAAAGAAGCAAGGAGUUGCACGUUGUCACCAAAUGAAUACAGUUGAACUUAUGUAACGCACGCGCAAUUCGCGAUUAUAUCCUUGCAA